UGACACGAAUCGUGGUGAUUUUGUGUGUUAAAAGUUUUCUAGUGAAUUCCACUAUUUAACAUAAUUAUUAAGUCUUAUUAUCAAUUGAAUUUAAUUAUUUUAAUCAUCAACAAUGAGUGAAGAGUUAAGUUUUGAGAAGAAGUAUGAAUACAUCACGAGAAAUCUACAAGAAGUUUUAGGUGAUGAAAAUCUCAAGAAAAUUGUACAAGAACGUGACAUGAAGAUAUAUUGGGGAACUGCCACAACAGGAAAGCCUCAUAUAGCAUAUUUUGUUCCUAUGACAAAAAUCGGUGACUUCUUAAAAGCAGGAUGUGAGGUCACGAUCUUAUUUGCUGAUCUACAUGCAUACCUUGAUAAUAUGAAAGCUCCAUGGUCACUUCUCGAGCAAAGAACAAAAUAUUAUGAAGCUGUCAUUAAAGCAAUGUUACAAUCAAUUGAUGUUCCUUUAGACAAGCUUAAAUUCAUUCAAGGAACUGACUUUGAAUUGUCUAAAGAAUAUACACUCGAUGUUUAUAGAUUAACAUCAAUUGUUACUCAACAUGACGCUAAGAAAGCUGGUGCUGAGGUCGUUAAACAAGUUGAAUAUCCACUUCUCAGUGGACUUUUAUAUCCAGGACUUCAGGCUCUUGAUGAAGAAUACCUUAAAGUUGAUGCUCAAUUCGGCGGUGUCGAUCAACGUAAAAUCUUUACAUUUGCAGAGAAAUAUUUGCCACAAUUAGGCUAUGCCAAGAGAAUUCAUUUAAUGAAUCCUAUGGUGCCAGGAUUAACAGGAAGUAAAAUGUCUUCAUCUGAAGAAGAUUCUAAAAUUGACUUAUUAGAUAGUCCAGCUGAUGUUAAGAAGAAGAUUAAGAGAGCGUUCUGUGAACCUGGAAAUAUCUUAGAAAAUGGACUUUUAUCAUUCGUCAAGCAUGUCUUGUACUCAAUGUUUAAGGAAAACGAAGGAUUUGAAAUUAAGAGAAAACCCGAGUUUGGAGGCGAUGCCACAUUCUUAAAGUAUGAAGAUUUAGAGAAAGCAUUUCAAGAAGAGCAAGUUCAUCCAGGUGAUUUAAAGGCAGCAGUUGAAAUUUACAUCAAUAAAUUGUUGGAACCGAUUAGAAAAGUUUUUGAUGACAAAGUCCAUCGUGAGUUGACUGAAAAAGCAUAUCCAACAAAGAAGGCAGAGAAAGCUGAUGAAAAUUCACCAGACAAAAUGGAACUUAAAGCAGGAAAGGUUUUGGAAGCGAUUAAGCAUCCAGAUGCUGACACACUUUGUAUCUUAAAGGUUGAUGUUGGAAAUGGCGAAUCUCGAUCUAUCGUUAGUAACUUGAUGACUUACUAUAAACUUGAAGACUUAGUGAAUACAAAUGUUGUUGUGCUGACAAACAUGAAAGCAUCAAAAAUGCGUGGAGUUGAAAGUGAAGGACUAGUGCUUUGUGCUUUUAAUGAGAAUAAAUACGAACCACUCAAAGUUCCAUCAGAUGCUAAUGUAGGCGACCGAAUUUUCAUCGAAGGAUAUAACAACACAACUAGUGAAGUUCCACAAUUAAAUCCCAAAAAGAAAGUCUGGGACAAGAUUCAAAGUGAAUUGAGAACAAAUUCUGAUGGCGAGUGCGUGUGGAGAGAAUUCAGCAUGAUGACAAUUGGUGGAGGAAGUAUCAUGAGCAGUCUUAUUAACUGCAAUGUGAAGUAAACCUGCUGAGCAUUUUUAUUACAAUAUUAUUGGAUUUUGUGAGUGAAGUUGUCUGGAUAUUGGUUUCAGUGAUGAUUAAAAGCAAUAUUUAGACACUUUCAGUCAUGACUCGUUCAUUAUUUUUAUGCUUUUUAUGAAACAUCCUUAAAUUAUGAAAUAAAAGUUUCUAUGCUAUUGCGAAUUUUGAAUUCAAAUCCUCAAUCUCUCAUAAUUUUGGAGUUAAAGCAAAGCUGCUUAUUCCUUAUAAGAACUAGUCACAAACCAGUGGAAAGUCAUCAACAAAACUCAGUACUCAAAAUAGCAAUCAAUAACAGUGUAUCUGCUUGAAAGUCACGCUCGAUUUUUUCAAAGAGUCUCGGAUAGGACGAGGAUUACUCAGCAUACGUUUAAAAGCUUACUUUCUACUUGAUAUUAAUAUUGUAUUAAUAGAUUUAAAACAGCAA